AUGGCGGAACAGAUCCUCGACCAGGUUCGCGACGUGGCCGAGGGGCAGAUCGAUUUCGAGGGCCAAAAGCUCGUCGAGAUGCUGUCGACCGUACUCUUAAGCAUAGUUGGAGUUAUCUCGUUCCUCGUCGGAUACUUCCUACAAGACAUCAAGCUCGCCGUCUACAUCGCUCUUGGGGGCACCGCGCUCACGUUCCUCGCGAUUAUCCCUCCCUGGCCCUUCUACAACAAAAACCCCGUCAAGUGGCUUCCGAUCGGUGGAGGAGCAGCAGCAAUUUCAGUUCCACGGGAUCUUGUCAUAGAUGAGAAGGCUGUUCGAUGA